AUGCGUUUCGCUACACCUGCAAUGACCGGCGCCAUCCGUGCUGCCGCAUAUAACAACACUUAUCGUAUGGCACAGAAGCAAUCCCUUGGUGGUCUUCGCCAAUAUUCUAGCCACGUCGAAGCAAAGAAGAGCGGCGGAAGUAAGGUCUUGGUAGCAGCACUUGUUGGUGCUGGCGUAGUUGGCGGUCUUGUUUACAAUAAGAGUGAGACUAAGGUUGUUCCUGUUGUAGAGGAAGUCAAGAAGCAAGCCGUUCCUGCCUCUGCUUUCAAUCCCUCUGGCUUCGUCUCUCUCAAGUUGCUCGAAGUUCAACCCGUCUCUCACAAUACCAGUGUGUUCCGUUUUGCUCUUCCAGAGGGCCAUGCUUCUGGUCUCCCUGUCGCUUCUUGUGUUGUUGCCAAGCAUACUCCUGCCGAAGGCAAACCCAUUAUUCGUCCUUAUACUCCUGUUUCUGAGGAAGAGACUGUCGGCCAUGUUGACUUCGUCAUCAAAAAGUAUGACAAUGGUGCUAUGACUCCUAUCAUUCACAACAUGAAGCCAGGAGACACUCUUGAAUUCAAGGGCCCCAUUCCCAAGUUCAACUGGGAACAAGAUCAAAAGAGCAAUGUCGGUAUGAUUGCUGGUGGCACUGGUAUCACUCCUAUGCUGCAAGUUAUCCGUAGAGUCUUCCACGAGAAAUCCAAUGACAAAAAGACCAAAAUCUCAUUGAUUUUCGCUAACCAAACCGAAGAAGACAUUUUGUUGAAGGAUGAGCUGGAUAAGAUCGCCAAGGAACAUCCCGAUCGCUUCAAGGUUGUUUACGCUCUCGAUAAGGCUCCCGAAAACUGGUCUGGUGUCACUGGCUACGUUACCAAGGAGGUUGUUCAAGCCAACUUGCCUGGUCCCAAGGAGGAAGACUCUGUCAUCUUUGUUUGUGGCCCCCCUCUUAUGGUCAAGUCUAUCGCUGGCGCCAGAACCAUGAAGAGCCAAGGCGAGCUUGAAGGUGUUUUGAAGGAAUUAGGUUACUCUCAAGAGAAUGUUUUCAAGUUUUAA